UCUUGAAGCGUAUGGUGCGUCCUGCAAAAUCGUGGAAAGAAAUUGUGAAUUUCAUGAGUGAAAACUUCCUUCAAAACAAUGCUUGUUUGUGAAAAAGCGUAGUGAAGGUUUUGCUGCAGCAGUAUGGAAUUGAGUUUGUAUGGUUCGCAGAUUAGCCUAGCAACGCGCGAGAAGACCACCACAAACCAAUACCGAGAGCGGCCAGGGUCCGCUUUGCAACACCCUACCCGACCCUGCUCGGCGGCCGGACCGCACCCAAGGCGUCCACUGUCGGCAGACAGCACGCAGUACCACUACCGGAAGCGGCCAUCUUCAAGCGGAAGUACAGUGGACAUACCCCACCAAGCAACGUCACCGUUUCACCAGCGCAGUACAUCCUCAUCCAGCCUGUUACUGAAAAGCCUACUGGCCGAACCGAUUCCACGGUACUGGGAAUCGCGAACACUAGCCAGGUCUGUGCCACCGACAUCAACACGUGGCUCGUCCUGCAGUAGCGCGGAACGCAUACGCCAGCACAAGCGAUCGCAAACGCAAGCAAUAGAGAGUAGUACACGACCGGUGGCGAACACCAGACCGCGGAAGCGUACGGGAAGCGGGACUGCUACUAAACGAAGCAAACAGAAGACUAACGUCGAUCGUCGCCGAAGGAGACGCGACAGUACCGAGGAGGAAGAUCCCGAUCGAGACGAAGCGGACAGCACGAUGGACGAGAUGGAUGACACGCAGGAGUCAAACAACGAGGCCGAAUUGGAAGGCAUCUGGAGGGGAAAGGGGGCGGGUGGAAGUACCCGCGAGGAAAAGAAACGAUCUCCACCGCUGCCUAUGGUCGCAUUACCACUCAACCGGAAAGCGAUCGAAAUUAGCUCCUGCGGCGGUGCGAAGAAGAACAACACAUCGCCGGAAAAAUCUUCACAGUACCGUAAGAUUGAUCUACCCGGAAGGGUUUCGUUCAGCUCCAACGAACCGUACGAGAUCGAUUACAGUGAUUUCGAGGAGAAUGAGUUCGCCACCAGCACCAAGGAAGCGAAAUCGAAGCAACCGAGCAAGAUGAAAGACACGAACAGUAAGAAACCAUUCUCCUCCAGCAGCGCGAUGUACGACGAGCGGCUGUUUCAGGAAGAUUCCUUGAUGGAGGAAGUGUCGGUGCGAUUUGGUAGUGUGAAGUUUGAGGAAGAUCUUACAGCCAGCUCUGGCUAUGAGACGAAAUGUGACGAUACGGCCAAGUCUACCUUGGAAAGCCGUAGGGCAACAGUAGGAACGGCCUCUUCCCCAUCGCCCGUUUGUGAUGUGCGAGAGUCGAACCAAAUCAUUGAAGAGUACAAGAAGGAGAUUGCGGAUCUUAACCGACGCCACGACAUGGAGCUGCGUAUUUCCGUGGGAGAUGUUUCUGUACCAUCGAAACCGUACGAUCCGAAGUGUUUUACGCCCUCCGACACGCCCGAAGAUCUGUUCGUCAACUCAGUAUCCACGAAAGCGAUCGAGAGCACGACCGAGGACACGGAUGCUGAACUGGACCGUCCCACUGCCUGCCGUGGCACGCUGCUGGAGAAGAACAUCAUCAAUGAGUACUAUGAGUGUAUCAAUGAAAUAAUCACCGAGCAAUCGCCAGCGAGACGACAGCCAAACCGACUCAGCUUACCCGGCCUGGGCGGAUCAAUGGACGAAAAAGAGGACACGAUCCAGCACAACUUAAACAACGAAUGUACGAAAAGUGCCCCAAAGGACAAACAGUUCGCAUCGGGAGUCGUACUACCGUCCGGCAAGGCGAAGUCUUCAAACACGGAAAAGAACCGGCUAGAUAGUAGCUCGAAUCCAGUGAUCAAGAAUUACUUCAAGGUAAAGGAACAGAACAUUGUGAGCGCCAGUGCGAGCAGUUUGGCGAGUGGAAGUGGCAGCAGCAGCACUACCGGAAGCAAGUCGGGACAUUCGAAGAACUCACUGUCGUUGAAGAAAGGCGGCAAGGAGAAGCCAAAGUCGGCCGAUGCGCACAAGUCCAUUUUGCGUAAUGCGAAAAAGCAAAACAACAGCGUCGGAACGGGCUCGAACGGGGGAAGUGCUGGUUCGGGCAAGUUCUCGGCAGGCCUGUGCCGAGAGGAAAGCAACAUAUCCGAGUUUCACAUGGAUAAAGUGGUGAGCUGGAUGUCGUGUAAUGAGGAUACGUUCCCGGCCGUCCCGGAUGGGCCAGUGCUGGACGAUGUGGCUGGGGAGGAGCAGCAGCGGAAGUGUACUGUUACUGAGAGUGGUUCUACCUUGGGGAUGCCGGAAUCGACCGAUGGACCUACGGGCUAUGGUGUUAGCUUUGAGAGUGUGCCGAGAGCGAAAUCGGAACAGCCGGAGGAGAUCGGUAGUAGUGUUCAGUCGAACUAUGACGAUGAUUCGAUCGUAAGCGGAAGUGCCAAACAAAAGUCAGAUUUCCAAGCACUCAAGAAUGAAGUGGAGUACAGAUUGAGCAACAUAUUGGACUGCACCGAUUCGCAGGUCAGCUCCGGCUGUGAGGGUGAACCGUCGGACCAACCGGCCAAAGGCAAGGUAAAGGACCUUUUCUCUUACCUCGAUCAGGUCGAGCUGAAAUGUGAAAAGAGUGCAUUCAAAGGAGCUGCCGGUUCUGCGGGUGUGCUACCCUCAGAGUCGGACCGCUCCGAGCUGGAUUUUGCUGCCGAACCGGACUAUAUUGAAGCCAUACCGAAAAUGAACGAUCUGCUAGAGCUUCCACCGCAUCAGCUGGCUCGGAGAGUGAUCAAACUGUCGCUGCGCGCCAACGAACUAAGCAACGCGAUGCAGCUGUCGAAAAACCACAUCGCCACGGUGCGGGCGGACAAGGCGAAAGCAAUCCGCACGGAAAAGUGUGCCCUGCAGGGGAAGCUGAAGGAGCAGAAAAAGCACUACGAAGACAUCAUCGGACGGCAUCAGGAGUUUAUCGAUCAGCUGAUCAAGGAUAAGUCGGGCCUGUGCGACAAGGUGACGCAGCUAACCCGGCGGCUCGACUCGCAAAACCAAAGCUGGGAGCAUCGGCUCAAGACGGAGCUGGAGCGUGCCCGCGACACGGCCCUGGCCGCCGAGAAGAUUCGCCGCGAGAAGUGGGUGCGGGAAAACACGAAAAAGAUCAAAGAGCUUACCGUGAAGGGGCUAGAGCUGGAGAUAAACAAGAUGACGGCAACGCACCAGAAAGAAAUCGGUGAGCUAAAGCGCCAGCAUAAGGACGAGAUGAUGUGUGCGCUCGAGGAGCUGAAGCUACAGUACGAACAGAAGGAGGCCGACGUACGGCAAGGGCUGGUGAAGGAGCGGGAAUCUACGCUGGAACGCGAACGGCAAGCGUUGCUAGAACGGUUCGAUCGGCAGGUAACCGAGGAGCGCAACAUCUUCGAGCAGCAGCGACAGCACUUGCUCAGCGAGUUUGAUCUAGAAAAGGAACGGCUCCAGAAGGAGGCAGCCCGCAAGGCGCAGUACGCCGAAUCGCAGCUGGAGGAUCUAAAGCGCGAAAAUACGAAAAAUCUCGACUUUGCCCAGAAAGAGUACGUGCAGAUGCUGAAGCAAAGGGAGGCGAAGCAUCAGGACGAGCUGGAGAAGCUGCAGAAGCAGUACGAGUCCGACUUUGCUAUCUGGAAGCGGGAGCACGAGCGGAAGUCGAAGGUAGAGUUGGAGCAGCGAGAAAACGAGAUACGGUCGCAAUGCCGCACGGAACGGGAUCAGCAAAUCGAUCGCAUCGUGGCGAAGGUUGAUGCGGAAACGCAAAAAUAUCAACAGGAAUUUGAUGCCAAAAUGAGUCGCCUAAAAGAAAAGCAUGAAGUGGAGCAGAAGGAAGCGGAAGCGUCCGAAGCACUGAUGAAGCAAAAGUAUCAGGAUGCGCGCGUUAAGCUGGCCGAGGCGGAGGCAACACUGCAGAACAUGAAGGCGACGGCCAAGCAGACCGAAAUACAGCUCAAUCACGCCAAGAAGCUGUGCGAUGAUUUGCUACAGGAGAAGGAAACGAUGCGCGAUGAGGCACGCCGGGAGGUGCAGAAGGAUAUGGCGAACAUGCAGCGCGAGCGGGAACGGGAGAUAGAACGGAUCUAUUUCAGAGUGCAACAGGCAAUUGAAAAGAAGGACAACACUAUAGCGGCCCUUCAGAAGGAGAUUGCCGGGCUGAAGGAACGUUGCUUGAAGCAGGACGCGAUCAUACGACAGCAGCGUAUGGAUUACUGUACAAAAUAGGAUAUAUCCGACAAAAACUGAGUAGAUCCCAUCGCAUUUAGUAGGGCUUGGUGUACGCUUACGAUUUGGAAUAUUUAUUUAUUUUAUAUGUAAUAACAUUAGACGAAA